CGACGUCUCUCUACUCGUACCUUCAACUCCAAGCUAACAAACAAUCUACCUUUUGCGCCUCGGUCAACAACCCCCCACAAUCUCCAUCUCUCGGCCUCGUCAACUCGACCAUGGCCUCCACUGAGAGUAUCCUACAGACCGCCGCCGACAAUGGCACUCUGGAGGUUGAAGACUGGCCAAAGGCAUUCCAAUACAUACUCGACCGACUAGAUGAGAUCAUUCAUAACGAGUUCCCACCUCCGCCCUCACCACCUUCCGACCCUCUCACGCCCUCUGCCACAGCCCAAAAUCAACCUCCACCUCCUCAAAUCCAACCGGCAUUCUCGAGCCAAACUUCAGAAACAGCCGACAAAGAAAAUGCGCCGCCCGCAACACCACCGCGUCCCCCAGUUCCAGCCUUCACAUCAACCCCCUCCAAUGCCAACAACACGACCUCCUCCUCCCUACCCUCCGAGUGCGUAAACUUCUACUCCUCCAUCCGCACGCAACUCACCUCCAACUUCACCAAAUCCCCACCGCACACGAUCCAGCGGCUGGCAGAACUCGUCAUCCAACCCAAACGCCACUACCGCUACCUCCCCGCCUACCUCCGCGCUCUCGACCGCGUCGUCUCCGUCUCCUCCCCAACGACCACCUUCCCCCUCCCGCAAGCCCUCCUCCCAUCCGCCUCCUCCACCCUCCUCAACGGCGCCACCUCCCCCUCCACAAGCUCCGCCCUCGGCUCCGACGAAUCCCUCGGCGGCGCCCUCCUCACCCCAAUCCCAUGGCUCCAGUCCCGCGGCUCGCAGACCGAACUCAUCUCCGAGUCCACAGAGAUGGUCGAAGGCCCCAACGGCGCAGGCCGCAUCGAAACCGUCACCGUCAUGGGCGGAAUGCUCCCCAACCAACAAGCCCAAGCCCACCAGAUCGCCCAGCAGCAGCAACAGCAGAUCGCGAGCUCGCACCCCGACGGCGAGACGCUGCCCUACACGGGGCCCGUCACGCAGGGCGAGCUCCUCCGCCAGGAGCAGGAGGCCGGCAUCGUGCUGUCGAAUCCGCACCACGUCGCGCCGAUCCGGCCGAUCGCGACCGACGCGGAGCUCGAGGACGAAGACAGGGUCGGCAUUGUUAUCGGGACUGUCGAGGACGACGCCGAGGACGAGGCGCCGCAUGCGAGGGGCCCGGAGGUCAUUGGCAUGGAGGACACGGGGCCGCAGAGGGCAGGCGCCGUGCAUCUGGACAUCGAGGGCGCGGUCGGAAGGCCGAGCAUCGAGAGGAGUAGCAGGAGUCCGCAACCGCAGCCGCAGCCGCAGUCUACGAACCCGGCCACUGACGACAAAGAGGCGGAAGCAGAAGAAGACACCAACGACGAGGAAAUGGACGACGUCGACGGCGAGGCUAAGGAAGAAGAAGCCUCCGCCGACAAGGCUGCAAGCAAGUCCCCGGAAAAGACUGCCGUCGACGAGGAGUAAUUCAACUUCACAUGGUCUCAACAUGCACCGCAGAACCUGCCACCGUGCAAAAGCGAGAGAGAAAGUAACAUAGUAUACCACUCGAUAGAAAUACAUAUAUAUAAUUAUAC